GCAAGUGCUAGUCCCGUGGUUCAUUUAAUAAAUACGCCAGCUGAUUGCGUUUUCCUCAUGUCUCAUUCGUAGACAACAGAUGUCUCAGGAUUUUUGCUUUCUCUUUAUUUUUUAUCGUGCAUCUUUUUUUUCCAUCCUUAUUUCAUAAGUUGGGAACGUUUUUUAUUUUUGUUUCCGACGCAAUGUACCAAACAACCCGUUUUUUGAAGGGGGAGUUUUCGGAAUUAAAUCAAAUAACUUUAAAAAAGACAGCAUUUAACCUAAGGGAGAAGCGAAUUCCAAAAUAAGGCAUUUAUAGAUUUGGCGGCGUUUUAUAAAUAGGAAACGUAUUCAAUACAAACAUGUCAAUAUUUGGCGACGAUGGUGUUGAUGAUAUAUUAAAUGAAAAUGAUAACAAUGAACAAUUAUUUGGUGAUGAUGAGGCACAGGAAAACAAUGAAGAUGAUGGGGCGACACCGGCUUCAAGUGGCUCCGCUGUAAAGGUGCAGCCAAAGAAAAGAACAGUCGUAAAUCCAAGGCCUCGUCUCACGGAAGAAACUCUACGUGGGCCAAGGGGCUUACACACAAUAGAGGAGUACUUCAAAGAUAUUAAAUACAAAGGUAAAGGCUAUGAAAAACAGGAUCUAGAUGAAAUAAUGAGACGUCUACAGCAUUGGGGCCAUAGAAUGUAUCCCACAUACAAAUUCGAUGAUAUCCUCACAAAUAUUGAGCGUUUGGGCAAGAAGAAGACUUUACAAGUGCACAUGUCACGUUACCGGCUGGGAAUGCUUGAGGCAACAAAGAACCACGGCAAUAUGAAUGAGGCUUCUGAAGAUGCGGACGACGUGGGAGCUGAGGCGGCAGCCGACGAGCCAUUCGAUGAAUUUGAUGCCUUAUUGGAUGAACAAAUUGCAAUUUCGAAAAUUGCUCCACGCACACCGGCCGCCAGUACAUCGAAAUAUGCCACACCGAACCCUAAUGUCACAAGAGACAGCAGUUCAUCGUUUAGUACGCCAUCAUUUUCGAGAGGAAAUGCCGUUAUGUCAACUCCAUACUCUGUCAUACACAACAUGAACGAUACAAGUGAUUUGGCUACACCGCUUCCACAAAGUCAGCCAUCCACACCCGCCUCUAAACAAUUGACUGCUGAGCAAAUGGCUCGUAUAGCAGAAAACAGGCGGUUGGCGCAAGAAAGAUUAGCAGCCAAAAAGUUAGCCGCACAAAAGACUCAGGAAUUGAAUGGAAAUGACUGAUUUCAUUUGAAUACAGCAUGUAAUUGCGUCCUGUUUAAAAUAAUAAAAUUUGUGUUACCACUAGAACUACAUUUUAAAAAAAUAA